GUCGAGCUGUUGGCGGUACACAGGCGGCCCAGAGCGGGACCCUUAAAAACAAAAACACCUCACCGUGUGCUCUUGUCAGCUCCGGGGUAUCACUUUAACGUUAAAUUAGGCGUUUAUAUCUAAUUUUCUUGAGUAUGAGGACAAUCUUUUGUAAUAGCACGCAAUCUCCGCUCCAGUAACUCGCUAAAAAGAGGACCAAAACAACAGAAAAUGCCUCCCAAGAAGCAACAGCUGAGGCCGACAGCAGCCAACGUCUCCAGCUCCCUGGACCUAGAGUCGGAGGACGUCAGCCUAGAAACAACGGUGCCCACCACCGAGGAUGUCUCCUCGUCCGACGAGCAGCGGGACGGCUCCCAGAAGGUGACCCGCCAGCUGAUCGAGAGGAAGGAGCUGCUGCACAACGUCCAGCUGCUCAAAAUUGAGCUCUCUCAGAAAACCCUGAUCAUAGACAACAUGAAGGCCGACAACAUGUCCAAGACUGAGGAGCUGGAGGAGAGGCUGAAUGAUGCUCUACAUCAGAAACAAGUUUUGGCCCUGAGACUGGACAGCCAGCUGAAACUUACUCAAGAGGAGAACAGGAAGCAGCAGGCUCUGCGUAAGCAAGAGAUGGAGGCCAUCCUGCUGAGGCAGCAGCAGCUGGAGGAGACCAACCGGCAGCUGUGUGAAAAGGCUGGAGAGCUGCGGAGGUCUCUCAGGGACCUGGACGUCUCUCAGGACCGGUACCAGGAGCUCCGCGACCUCCCUGACGACAAGAUCUCCAUACAGGAGUACGUAGCUAUGCGUUUCUACGAGGUGGUGACUCCUCUGCGGUCUCACCUGGCUGAGCUCGGUGUGAAGAGAGACAGUUUGACUGAUGACCUGAAUACACACAGAACCCAAAUGAAGUCGCUGAUGGAGAGCUACGAGGAGGAGCGCCGGCUACGUACCGAGCUGGAGUUGAGGAGCCAGAGAUUGACACUAGAACUGGCCGAUACCAAACAGCUGAUCCAAGAAGGAGAUUAUCGCCGGGACAAUUACCCUGCCAUCAAACGUGAGUGUGACAGCUUUGAGGCAGAACUAAAGGACUUAAAGAGAAGAUAUGAGACACUAGACGUGACUCACACAGCAGUGACCAGAGAAAGGAACACGCUCAGCAAAGAGGUGGCAACGUCGCAGCAGUCAGUGACUCUCCUGCAGAAGGACAAGGAGUAUCUACACAGGCAGAACAUGGAGCUCAGUGUCCGCUGUGCACAUGGAGAAGACCGCCUGGAGAGGCUGCAGGUGCAAUUAGAAGACACUAAGAAGGCGAGGGAGGACGCCUACGAAAAAUAUGUGGCAUCCAGAGACCGCUAUAAGUCAGAGUACGAGACCAAGUUGAGAGAGGAGCUGGAGAACAUCCGGCUGAAAACCAGUCACGAGAUAGACAAUCUGCAGAGAACCUCCAGGGAGAUGUACGAGAGGGAGAACAGGAACCUGCGUGAGGCCAGAGACAAUGCAGUGCUGGAGAAGGACAGAGAGGUGUCUUCUGAGAGAGACACUCAGUCCAGAUAUGACCAACUGCUGGAACAGUUUCGUCAGCUGCAGCUGGGUACCGACAGCCGCGUAGCAGAGCUGUCCAAUCAGGCCAAGCUGCACUCCUUCGAAGCUGAGCGCGCUCAGAUGGUCAAGGAUGAGACGGCUAAGGCGCUGGCCCAGUGCCAGGUGGAGUGUGAGAAACAGCAGAAGAAGCUGGAGCUCCUGACCCAGGAGUUUUACAGACUGCAGACGUCAUCAGAGAAGCGGGUGGCGGAGCUGCAGGCUCAGAAUGCCGAGCAGGCGUCUCGGCUGGAGACGUACGAAAAGCUGGAGCAGGAGUUGGACCAAGUCACCAUGCAGGCUGCUGAAAUUGAGAAUGAAGAGGAGGCCGAGAGAGUGCUGUUCUCGUACGGCUACGGAGCCAAUGUUCCCACGACGGCUAAAAGAAGACUAAAACAGAGCGUUCACCUGGCCCGCAGGGUGCUGCAGCUCGAGAGGCAGAACACGUCUCUGAGGAGAGAGCUGGACAGACACAAGUCACAGACCGGACAGAUAUCUGAAGAGCUGUUUGCUGCCAACCAGCUGCUACAGCAGACACAGCAGCCCUAUAGCUACCUGAUUGAGACGGUGAGACAAAAGGACACACAGAUCACCGUGCUGAAGGAGCGCCUCACCUCGCUUGAGGAUGAUGUCAGUUCUCUGAGGAAAGAACGGACUGCACUGCAACAGGUGAAAAACAACAUGGCCGCCGAUCUGGAGAGACUCCUCAACCACCGAGAGGAGUUAGCGGUGAUGAAGCAGGUCCUGAUCAGCAUGGGGUCCAGACAGGGAGACGCUCUGAACCUGUUGGAAACUGACAAAACUGCUACGAGGACCUCUGGUGCAGGAAAACACCAGUCCAAACAAAUCCACAGGACCACAGAAGAAGAGUCACCAAACAAACCCAAACCCACUGUGUUCACUAAUAAAGAAGUUCCUGAUUGGUACAAAAAGACGAAGCACAAACCCAAAUGAACAUUACUUUCUGUUACUAUUGGUGAUAUUAAUUGUCAUGGCUUUAACAAUUGUGUUUUUUUUUUUUGUUUUGUUUUGUUUUUUUUUAAGGAUUUUUAAAAGUCAGCAGCUUUUGAAAUACAAAAGCAGAAACUGUUGCUAGUGUCCGAGUGUUUUGUUGUUCUCAUCCGUGGUUACAUAUUGUUCAGAGAGGAUAAAUUCCCCGCGUACUGGUCCAAAACCAGAGGUAUUACCUUCCACCGGGUACACAUUCCUAGCUAACUGACUGCCCAAACAUUCCUCUUUCUUGGCAGUGGUUUAUUUUAUUAUGUCUGUCUAUCAUUAUUUUCUCAUCUUUUCCAGGUUUGCAGAUACUAGUGGCUACAGACAAACAGCAUUGCAGGAACAUUAGCCUCUAGUUUGCACGAGCGGAGGCUCCUUUGGCUUUAAAUAUAGACAUAGUAGGCAUACCUUUUAUCAUUUCAGCCAUGUUCUUAUCGGUGUCCUAUUAAACUCGACCAGAGGACGGCUUUAAAGCUGUUUUAUCCCCUUUUUUUGAGCCUACAAUGCUUCAAAAUACACCACUUUAUUUUCCUGUUAUAUGAAAUAGCUAUGAAAAUGCAAUAUAUUAGAAUUUGCUUAAAAGAAAA